AAGAAUAACUUGAAUCUCUUUAUGAAUUAUACUCCAAUUUUUUUUAAUUUUUAUGCAGGUCCACCACUGAUGGAAAAAUGACCCAUUCUUUUAACCACACUUCCAACGUAUUGAUGACAUCAGAGAAACAUGGCAUUCUGCUAUAUGGAAAUGGAUCCCAUGCUAUAAUGGCUCAGAAAAACCAGUUUCCAUUUUACUUCAGGAACCAGACAUACACCUUUACCAGAAUGGUGAAACUGAUAUUCAGUACACUCAUAUCUGCACUAUUUUAUGUGCCCUGGGUCCCAGUUAUUUAAGAGAAAGAUUCAAAGACUAUUACGAAGCUUUGAUCGAAAACACAGCCUUUUGUUGGAAGUGAUGACUUCUCUGCAGAAUUGGAAGAGAGGUUUCCUAUGGAUGGUCUGCUUCUGUUGCCUACCUCUCUUCUUCCUUGCCAGUUCUUUGCCACUGAAGGGAAAAGAUGCUUUUGCUAAUCAUUCUUGUAGGCUCAAAAAAACCAGUUUCCAGCAAUUUUACUUCAGGAACCAGACAUACACCUUGGCCAGAAUGGCAAGACUUGCUGACAAUGACACAGAUAAUAGGUUUGUGGGACAGCAUCUGUACAUUAAUAUCAAGGAGAAAAAUCACUGCUAUCUAAUGAAGAGAGUGACAGAGAUUGUGGUGAAAAAUGUCCUCUCUGAACUAAAGAACCAGUAUCCCAUGGCUGAAGAAGUGGCAAAUUUCUUGGGCCAUUUACAUACGGAGCUGAGCAAUUGUAAACCACUGGGACAUAAAGAACUUGUUGAACGUAAUCUAGAAAAAAUGAAAGACAAGAUGAAACAGCUAGGAGAAAACGGAAAAAACAAAGCAGUUGGGGAACUUGAUUUGCUUUUUGAUUACCUGGAAAAUUCAUGCACGGAAGGAAAUUAGCAGCAACAAGAGAAGCAACCAGAACUGAAUGGAUUAUCAGGACAACCAAAACUUUCUUCAAACUAUGGAAAAAUAUUGGAAAAAUACAGAGUAUUGGUAUUUAACACAUCUGUUCUGCUUAGCGAAGGGCUCAAGAACAUUUUUUGUUGCUACAGAUGAUAAAAGGAUUUAGGCUACAAUUCUCAAACCACUUUAUCUGGAGUAAUGGAUUUGAGUUGCAUACUUCUUUAAAGAAUAUGUGACAAAUGCAUUCACCUAGAAAUAAGGGUCUGUUCAGAUGUACAGCUUCUCCCUCUAGGAUCAUCCAUAAAAUUUUAGAAAUGUUGUAAUUUUAUUUUAUAUUAUGUUAUUUUUAGCCAAUACUGCUAUUUAGUGAUAAUUUAUUUAAACUAAUUGUUUACAUUGUGGUUGUAACUUAUAUGACUAAAGAUUUAUUUAUAAAACUUAU